AUGAAUAUGACAGAUCCCAUACCAACGGAGACUGAUAUUGUUGAACCAAAACCAACGCCAGCAGUAAAGGAAACAAAGGCAGAGUUGGAAAAAGACGCAAAAGAAAUAGAGAAAGAAAAAGAAAAGUUGGAACCUAUUGAGUCUUCUGGCAAUAGCGACAACACUAGUGAAAAUGGUAGUAAAGGUGACAUUGAUGUAAAUGCAAGGACUGAAAAGACAAUCGAGGCUCUUGAAAACGAAAUUGAUAAGGCUUAUACCUUGGUUGAAUCCAAAUUUCAAGAACUUUGGAAAGAAACGACUGUAAAUGCUCAAGUGUUACAGGACAAAUACAAUGUUGAUGAGUACAAAGAGUCACUCUUUAAACAAUUGAAUUCAAUGAAGGCUAAUUUGGCAGACAAUCAAAAUCUUAAAUCAGUUACUGAAAACCUCAAAUCAUUUGAGGUGCAAUUGAAGGAGAUGAAAUUGGAGGAUAAGUUCCGUAUAAAAGAGAUUGCCAAUACUGCAGAUCAUGCGUUGGAUGUCCUUGAUUCCAAAUUGGAGAUUGUGGAAAAAGAAGCAAGUAAAUACAUUUCAUCAUUUAGUUCCUUUUUCUCGAGUAUUGUUACCAUCAAAUCCGAUACCCCUCCCCCAGAACAAACAGAAGGCAAGACAAGGGAGUUGUUAUUCUCGUCCAAUCCUCAUGAUUAUGCACAUUAUGGAACCACUCGAUAUGAUAAUGAUCUAUUUAAGCUUCACACAGUGCAAACGUACUAUUUAGAUGAGGGUAAUGACGAUAACCAAGAAGAUGGGUUUAAACAAUUCAAUGUUGAUCUGAAGACAAAUGAUAUAGAAGCUUUGUUGAAAAAGUACCCUAAUACUCUUACCAAUACAAUGAAUGACCUUGUACCAGUUAAAGUCAGCUACAAUAAAUUCUGGUACAGAUAUUUCAAGCAUGAUAAUAAACUAAAGGAAAUGGAGAGACAACGAAAGGAAUUAUUAGCUAAAGAAAAGAGCGAGAAAAAACGUGGAGAUAAGAACAAUAUUAAUACCAAUGAUGAUGGAGAUGAAGAAGGUGAAGAAGAAGACGAUGAAGACGAUUUUAAUUGGGAUGACGAUGAUGAAGAAGAAGAAGAAGAUGAUGGCGGAAAAGAAGCUAGCGUGGCAGAAGCUAGUGUGAAAGAGAAAGCAGAAAGAAAAAAGAGUGGAAUCAGUGUUAAGGAUAAGUCUGAAAUCAAGAACACGGAGCAAAAUGAUAGUGAUCAGCCUGAAUCUGCCGAGACUGAAGAUACCGGUGAUGAAGAUGAAGAAAAAGACGACGAAGAAGAAGAAGAAGAUGAUGAUGAUUGGGAGUAG